AUGAAUCGUUACGAUCGAUUGAUAGCAUUAUGUGGUACAUUUCUUGGUCUGGUAGCUAUGAUCUGUGCUUGUAUAGCUUUCUCUUUGGGUAAUUGGGAAAAAGAAAGUAAGAGCGAUUAUUUUCGAUCGGUGUCAAAAUAUCAUCAACUGUACCUGUCGCGAAUUAUGAGCACAUUUAGUCUUAUUUUUACAGUUCUUGGAAUCUGUGCGUCGGCAUUGAUGUUAAUUAAAAAACUUUGGAAAUAUUGGAAUCUAUUCGCAUCGAGUGCAUAUCUUCUCGCAACGUUCACUAUUCUCUUAGCAAUGUCAGAGGCAUCUCGAUUGAUGCAUCACAAUGGUUGGCCAUCAUAUAUCUAUGCAACAACAUUUAUUUUACUUCUUCUCGAUACACAACUGAUGAGUGUUCUAGCUGGCAAACUAAUCUUUUCGACGUAA